AUGGAUGAUGAAGAUUUUAAUGUUAUAUCACAACUCGAUGAUGCUGAACUUGCAUACCACAACGGCGAUGAAAAUGAGCCAUCGGUUUCUGGUGCUGCAGUGGUUAAUGCGCUGAACGAGACUGGUCAAAGAAAACGCCGUUUGAUAGAUGACGAUCCGUUCAAGAUGCCUCCUGAUGAGAUUUUUACACAUCCUAUA